UCCGCUACGUGUUCCGGUCUUUCCGCGUGCUCUGUUGGAGUCGAGAGUGCCGCAAUCAUGGCUCUCUAUAACUUCAAAAAGAUUAUGGUGGUUCCCACCGCUAAGGAAUUCAUAGAUGUGACUUUAUCCAAAACCCAAAGGAAAACUCCCACUGUCGUACACAAGCACUAUCAGAUCCACAGAAUAAGACAUUUCUACAUGCGCAAAGUUAAAUUCACCCAGCAGAACUAUCAUGACCGGCUCUCUCAGAUCCUCACCGACUUCCCCAAACUGGAUGACAUCCACCCCUUCUAUGCUGAUUUGAUGAAUGUGUUGUAUGAUAAAGAUCAUUAUAAAUUGGCUCUGGGACAGAUCAAUAUUGCAAAGAACCUGAUUGACAAUGUUGCUAAAGAUUAUGUCCGUCUGAUGAAAUAUGGAGACUCGUUGUAUCGCUGCAAGCAGCUGAAGCGUGCCGCACUGGGUCGCAUGUGCACCAUCUUAAAGAGACAGAAACAGAGCUUGGAGUAUUUGGAACAAGUGCGGCAGCAUCUGUCCCGUUUACCCACCAUCGACCCGAACACCAGAACCCUCCUGCUGUGUGGCUACCCCAAUGUCGGCAAGUCCAGCUUUAUCAACAAGGUGACCCGUGCUGAUGUUGAGGUCCAGCCAUAUGCCUUCACCACCAAAUCUUUGUUUGUUGGUCACAUGGAUUACAAAUACCUGCGCUGGCAAGUUGUCGAUACUCCCGGUAUUCUGGAUCACCCUCUUGAGGAAAGGAAUACCAUUGAAAUGCAGGCCAUCACAGCUCUGGCUCACCUGCGUGCCGCUGUGCUUUACAUCAUGGAUCUAUCUGAGCAGUGCGGACACUCACUCUCCCAACAGUUGGAGCUGUUUAACAAUAUACGACCACUGUUUGCCAACAAGCCUCUGAUUGUGAUGGCCAAUAAGUGUGACGUGAGGAAGCUCAGUGAACUCUCAGAGGAGAAUCAGAAAAUAUUUGCAGAUAUUUCUGCUGAAGGAAUUACCGUGAUUGAAACUAGCUCUCUGACAGAAGAGGGAGUGAUGCAGGUGAAGAUGGAGGCUUGCGAUCGGCUGUUGGCUCACCGUGUGGACACAAAGAUGAAAGGCAAAAAGGUUCAUGAUGUUUUGAACAGACUCCACUUGGCAGUGCCCAACAAGAGAGACCAAAAGGAAAGGCCUCCCUUUAUUCCUGAGGGUGCAGUGCUCCGUAAGAAGGCAAUGGAGACAGAUGCUCCCAAACGCAAACUGGAGAGAGACCUGGAGAUGGAGCUGGGAGAUGAUUACAUACUGGACCUGCAGAAAUACUGGGAUUUGAUGAAUCCAGAUGAAAAGCAGGAUAAGAUUCCUGAGGUUUGGGAGGGACACAAUAUUGCUGACUAUAUCGACCCAGAUAUCAUGAAGAGGCUGGUGGAUUUGGAACAUGAAGAGGAUCUGCGUGAGAAGGCCGGAGAGUAUGACUCAGAGGAAGAAAGUGAGGAUGAGGAGAUGAAGGAAAUCCGCCAGCUGGCAAGUCAGAUUCGAGAAAAAAGAAAACUAAAGAUUCUCGAGUCCAAAGAGAAAGACACUCAGGGACCCAGGAUGCCCCGCACAGCCAAGAAGAUGGAGCGAGCAAAUCUUGAGAAGGAGAUGGGUGUUCUAGGUUUGGACAUGACCGAUAAAGAUGACAGUCAUUAUGCACAGAGAUCUCGCUCUCUGGUGCGAAAGAGAAAGAGGGAAGUGUCAGCACCACCGACAUCACGCACUCGCAGUCAAAGUGCCUCGAGGCCAGCACGGGACCAAUCAGGAGUUAGAGAUGCUAAGAUGUUGAAGAAGGUGAAGACCAUGAUGAAGAGCUCACAGAAGGAUAUGAACAGACAGGGCUGUAAGGGUGAAUCUGAUCGCCAUGUGUUUGAUCUCAAACCUAAACAUCUCUUUUCUGGAAAGAGGAAAUCUGGUACCAACAGCCGCAGAUAAAUGAAGACUUGUUCUGUCUAAUUUACUCAUGCCUGUCUUUAUGCUAUGAUUAAUAAAUGCUAUAUUCUGUACUCAUUCUUACAGAUAUUAAAUGUUUGUCAUCUAAUUAUACCUUAUAAGUGUCUGAUAUCAUGCAGAAUGUGCCAUAUAGAUCCAUGUGCAGGAUCAUGAUGUUGACGCUACAUUGUUUUUUAAAACUGAUCUGAGAGCAGAAAGAUUUAUGGGGAAGUAGAGUUGUUUUGCAAAUGAGGCUGAUAUGUGCAGUGGAAGUCCAAUAAACCACCACCCAAAGAUUUGAA